AUAGCACGUGGUCCCACGAAGUGAACACGCACUCAUAAUCACAUUGACGAUCUUUUAUUCCUUUCUCGCACUUCCCACUUCAGCUCAUGUUUAUAUAAAAGAUGGAGGAAAAUUCGAUGGAUGGACAACCGUCUCGUCGAAAGCUCUGUGCCUUUCAAGCUUGUACACUAAAGGUUUUGAACAAGGACGGCGAUUUCGCUAAAAUCCACGACAGGCCGGUAGAUGUAGUGAUAUGGUCGGAUAAUGACACACAGUGUUCGGUCGACAUACAUGACGGCGAUCAGAGCGUGUUGGGAUUCCCUGUAAAUCGAGAAACGGGCCAUUUUCAUGCCGGCGAACGAUUUUAUAUUUUCAACUUGAAGGAUUUCUCUCCGGUGAUAUGUUUUCCCAAAAAGCAAGAUGUGACAUAUUUUAAACGAGUCAUAUCUGACUGUACUGGCUCUUCGCAUGAAUCUGUGUUUUCAGAAAGGACUGAAGAAAGUUCAGCUGUACAGUAUUUCCAGUUUUAUGGAUAUCUUUCUCAACAACAAAAUAUGAUGCAGGAUUACAUUCGGACAUCUACGUAUCAAAAAGCUAUGCUCCAAAAUGAAGUGGAUUUUAAAGAUAAGGUUGUCCUCGAUGUGGGCGCUGGUACAGGCAUUUUAUCGUUUUUUGCCAUUCAGUCGGGAGCAAAGAAAGUUUACGCUAUUGAAGCCAGCACAAUGGCAAUGCACUGCGAGACUUUGACUAAAGCAAAUGGAUUAAAAGACAAACUGCAUGUUAUUGCUGGCAAGUUAGAGGAGGUGGACAUUCCCGAAAAAGUCGACAUGAUUAUAUCUGAACCAAUGGGGUACAUGCUUGUUAAUGAAAGGAUGCUUGAGAGUUUUCUACAUGCGAAGAAAUGGUUGAAACCUGAUGGCAAAAUGUUUCCAAGUCAAGGUAACAUGUUCGUAGCACCAUUCAUGGAUGACGCACUGUAUAUGGAACAUUACUCAAAAGCGAAUUUCUGGUUCCAACCAUCGUUCUAUGGAGUCAAUCUUACACAUUUACGAGAAAAAGCGGUCGAAGAAUACUUCAAACAGCCCAUUGUUGAUACAUUUGAUGUACAGAUUUUGCUGGCGAAACCUAUCACUCAUAAAAUAGACUUUUUAACUAGCACCGAGGAGGAUUUGCACAGAAUACACAUCCCACUGAACUUCACUGCUCUGACGGCUGGGAAUGUCCAUGGCUUGGCUUUCUGGUUUGACGUGGAAUUCCAUGGAACGACGCGAUCCGUGUGGCUAUCCACAGCUCCACAAGAACCUCUAACCCACUGGUACCAGGUUCGAUGCUUGCUACCUCACCCGGUUCAUGUGAGGACUGGGCAGAUAUUACGAGGGCACGUCUUACUGGUUGCCAAUAAGAAACAAAGUUAUGACGUUGAAAUAGAAGUAACAGUAGAUGGAUCGAAUAUUAUCUCUCGUAACGUCCUGGACCUAAAGAAUCCGUACUUCAGAUAUACUGGUGCGCAGACUAACCCACCCACAGGUAGCAAUACAACUUCGCCUACAGAGACAUAUUGGUCCAGUAUACCUAACAACGUCGGUUCAUCUCUGAACAUUGUAAACCACGAUCUGACGGCAGGCGGAGUUCUUAGUAAUGGUGUCGUUCCGUCCAAUGCUGGUUUUGGAAUGAGUGGUGUUAAUGCCUUAGGCCUUCAAGGGCAAGUACUGACAUCUGGCGGCAUGCUAAUGAACGGAAUGCAGGGUGGUUACAUUGUUGGCAACCAUGGUCCGUAUAACAUGCACGGGGGCAGUGGCUAUGGGGAGAGCACGCCGGGAAAUGCGAUGCAAAGAUGAGAACAACUUGAAUUUCUUCCUACGCGGAUUUUAGUGUAUAUCCAAAGCUACAGUUAAGGUUGAUUUUCCCGACCAUUAGCCAUCUUAGGCGCGAAGCCCGCUUAUAUCCUAGCAAGACUCGCCCUCAAUCGGCCGAAAGCUAUAUAGUAUAUAAUCGGUAAUUCGUGUACAGAUUCGGGCCGUUUCUCCAUGGCAGUAGCAUGGAACAGCUUUGAUUGUCGGGCGUUUGAUCUGAGGACCGAAGGGAUCGCGUGACAUAACGUAGGGGCUUGUGAUCACGGUUGCAUGAAUGCACGUGCAUGAGAAAAAUAUAUGUUUGCCUGCCGAAUAACGAUGUACGAAGUUUUUGAAAACUUGCUGCCAUAUAAUUUUGAAUAAUGCAAAUACAAUUUGAACUUUGG